AUGUUUGAUCUACCAAAUGCUAAGCGCAUCCGGCGCGAUGACAUCCACUCUCCAGUGUCAUCCCGCUCACCAUCACCCGCACCAGAUGACGCUGAAGCACAAGACGCACGAGCCCGUUUAGGGAAACUACUCAAUCUCGAUGGAUUGAUUGCCAUGCAAGAUACAGCUGUACAAGACAAUGACCCCCCACAGCCAGAAGAUGACGAUGAGGAGCAAGAAUUCGAAUUCCGGCUGUUCAGUGCCCCUGCCAAAUCGACAGAAAAUGCGACCAAAGGGUCUGAAAAAGAUGUAGAGGCCAACUCAACAGGAAAAUCCCAGAAGAAAUCCACCGGAACCGAUACACAGCCUUCCACGGUCACACAGAAGUUGCGCAUCCGAUUGCGGUCGCCCUCACCGGGAGCUGGUGGUUCCGAGGGACGAUUCGUGAAGGCUUCGCGGGGAUGGGACUAUUACUUCUCUACGCCUUCGCUGUUGGGAACACGCAAUUCAGAUGUUUCAUCGGAAGAUGAGGACAGUAUUGCAGAGAAGAAGCAACAAUAUCAGGAUAUGGCCGUCACCGGAGAGCACAUGCUGACAUGGGCUCAGUCACAAGCCUGGCCCGGCUGCCAUCUGCCCUGGCGAGUGAUCCAUCUAAAACGCCAUCAGACGAAACUUCCACGGCCAGCUGGUAGCGCCCCUGUGUAUGUGGUAGAAGGCGCCCCCGUCUCGAAAAGCCCACUCACCCGCAAGAAGCCCGGCAAGAAGCGCCGAGUCCAGUUGCGCAAGCGCGUUAUUGCUGCACAGGCUGCUAAAGAGACGGAGGCCGAGAAGCGGAAUCGCAAGAACCAUGCGAGGAAGCUCAAGCGCAGACAGAAGGCAAGGGAGCAGAAAGCCGCGGCAGCGGGUGUCGCUGUUGCGGACGCUGGUGCUGAAGAUGUCUCCAUGGCCGAUGGAGAUGAGGCACAGCACAUUAGAUCGAGUCACUACGGUGCUACUGCUACGCAAGCUUGCACAACGAAAGUGACUAUCAGACUUUUGGAUCAUACGGGCGGCACGCCGACCCCAGGAACAAACGCCAAAUACGUACAUGAUUGUCAUGAAGCACGCCGGCCCCGCCACAUUCGUGAGUGCACAGGCUCCCCAGAUCUUCUUGAAGACGUCUCGGCGGCGCGCGGCGGCGGACGCGACGGAAAGAAGGCCUUCAGGCCGUCUUUGAGGGCCGCUGGCCGAACUUAG